GGUUCAUUUUGGACAGUUUCUCUAGUUAGUUAUAUUUGUGUUCACAGAAAUAUUGUAAAAACUAGUGACACAAACGAAAAGUUCAGAUUUUGGUUUCAGAGUAUCAGCACCUAACUCCGAUGGCUCUUCUCUGCUCCACUUUCCGCACCCCUUUCCUAUUCUUACAAAACCCUAAACCCCUUUCUCUCUCCUCUCUUCACUUUCGUCUUUCUCUCUCUCCUCGGUCUCCCAGAUUCCCCUCUCUUCGUUCCAGCCCCUCCGCCGCCGGCGACUCCGACCAGCCCUCCGCCAAGAUCUCCGACGAGUGGGGUGAGGACUACGAUCCCGAGCCUGAAUCUUCGUCCUCCAAGUUUCCCGAUUCGGACCCUCCCAAGAAUGACGACGAAUGGCAGGAAGGAGAUGCCGGCGGCUAUGUCAACGGCGGAAAUGGAACACCGGCCACCUCCGCCGAUGCUCCGGCGGAGGAGGGAGUGGGUGACAAGCUCGAAGGGCUGAAGCGUGCUCUGGUGGAUACUGUGUAUGGGACCGAGCUCGGGAUUCGGGCCGGGUCGGAGGUUCGUGCUGAGGUGUCCGAGUUGGUGACUCAGUUGGAAGCGGCGAACCCUACCCUCGCCCCGGUGGAGGAACCCGCGCUUCUCAAUGGAAAUUGGGUGUUGCUGUACACCGCAUCUUCGGAACUAUUGCCUCUUCUAGCAGCAGGAAGAUUACCAUUGUUGAAGGUGGACAAGAUUUCGCAAACAAUUGAUACCAGUAGUUUCACCAUUAUUAACUCCACGACGUUGUCUAGCCCUUUUGCUUCUCUGACUUUCAGUGCAUCUGCCUCAUUUGAAGUUCGAAGCCCUACAAGAAUACAGGUCACAUUUAAAGAAGGUACAAUACAACCUCCGGAGAUAAAGUCUAAAAUUGAACUACCAGAAAAUGUAGACAUUUUUGGCCAAAAGAUUAGCCUGCCACCUGUGCAACAAUCCCUCGGUCCUCUGCAGGAUUUGGUGGAAAACAUAUCGCGCAUCAUUUCUGGUCAGCCACCUCUUAAGAUUCCCAUUCCUGGUGAGAGGACAAGCUCUUGGCUUCUUACCACAUAUCUUGAUAAGGACUUGAGAAUAUCAAGGGGGGAUGGUGGUCUUUUUGUCCUUGCCAGAGAAGGGAGCCCCCUUCUUGAUCAGUAGGAAAGCAAUUAUACUCUUCUCCCAUCCCAUCCUCCUACUCUUCCCCGAGAAUAAUGUGCAAGGUUUAUUCAAAAUCUCUCAAUUUUUUUAUGUCUUCUCAAGCUGUUGUAUAUUUAAAGGAGGGAUGGCUUAUGUUAGGCUACAAUUCUCUAGUCUAUAUAUUGUCGGAACGAUGUUGUCAACCCCUUAUUAGCUUCGGUGAAAUAUUGAUUUGGGAAAGGAAUAUGAAAUCAACUUUAUGAAGCUACUUUAAAGAUUAUGUGCCUCAGCAUGGGAGCUAGAUUAAAAGAUGCGCAAAAAGGGGUUCUAUUGUUUGUACAUGCCGCUUGCUAUUCUACAUAUUUGAAAUUUCGUAGUUCACUCAAAACGUACAUAGCUAAUUAGCUAGUUCGGUUGAUUGUUAUUGGUUGCUCAUCUUUCUUCGAAAGAUAUAUUUCUUUUGGGU